GCAGCAUGUUCAAACUUAUUGUAAUUAUUUGUAGUCUGCCCUUGUGGCAUUGCCAAGUGCACACCUCAACGGAUAAUCCCUAUAUUGUGACUAGUUAUGCGAAGCUCACUUGGUUUGCUGCAUAUGAAGUCUGCCAACGGUCCAAUAUGAUUUUGGCCUCAGUUCAAGGUUUUCAUCAAAACACCCAACUAUUAAAAAGUAUUUUACUCAAAGGACCUUUGCUAGGGCGAGAAAAGUUUUGGCUUGGCGGCACCAAUAUGGCACUGCGGAACUCCUGGAAUUGGUCUGGGAAGGGUGUACCUUUGGGCUAUAAGAAGUGGGCCAACGAGGAGCCAUGCUCCGAUUUAACGGGAGACAAAGCCUGUUUGGUAUUUGGUCUCGAUGGAAAAUGGUACAGUGAGGACUGUAAUUCCGAAUAUUAUUUUGUUUGUGAAAAGCUAUUUAAUGAGAGCGCAAAUUCGGAACAGAUCUAUAUAUAGGAAUACUUCAGAAAAUAGAUCUACUUGUUAUUUAUUUAUUUAAUACCAACAAUGAGCAGAACAAACUUACAAAAUAUAAUAUUGGCAAU